GAUGUGGGAGGGGUCGGCGAAGAUGCUCUCUCUGCUGUGGAUCAGGAAGUGUUGUCAGAGCACCUGAAGCUGCCUUACCUGAAGCAGGUCGGGGAGGAAAAAAAGAGAGAGAAGCGAGCGAAGGAAGAGAAGAGAAGAGAGGAGAAGAGAAAGUGCGGAACGGAGGAAGAGAUCUGAGCAAUCAUGUGCGACACGGCGAAUUCUGCGGCGGCUCUGACCACCAACCGGAACUGCACCGUCGAGAUCACCAACCUCAGCAGCAGCUUCUGCCUCGUCAACCCUAAGAUCCACAUGGAGAGCGGCUUCAGCUUCAACCCGCCGCAGCCCACCGUGCGCACCACCAAGACGGAGGUGUGCUCCUUCACCAAGGACGACAACACGGCCACGGGCGCCGUGGGGGUGCUCACCUACGACCUGUUCCACAUGCAGAACCGCCACUGCAACGAGCAGGUGGCCGUCAUGUUCUCCGUGCCCUUCGACUACCGGUUCUACAAGAACUGGCUGGGCGUGGGCGUGUUCGAGCACACGCGCGACACCGACGAGGCGCUCUACAAGCACAUGUACUACGAGAAGGACUUCACCAACUUCGAGCGCCACGAGGCCAAAGGUCAGGGGGUCAAGUACAGCGGCCGCGCCGUGGACGUCAUGGCGACCAUGUCCGACAACGGCCGCGCCAUCCUCAAGAUGGAGGUGUACGAUAGAAUGACAUAGGAUGGGGAACGGGCCGGGAUGCACAGGGAGAGAGUGAGGAGUUAGAGUAGGAUGAAGCGGGAUCAGGCGGGAUAUGAGAGGAUGUGGCGGCAUUAUCUAAGUCUAAGAGAUGCAUGAAAGGCAUGAAUCAAUGGAUGCCCUAAGAAGGUUCAACUAGAGAUCAGAUUUGUGUAGAUGUUGUCUGCAUGAUAUUACACACGAUUUUCAUGAAAAAUAAACAAAGUCAUAUACAGUACGGUGCUGUCCUUAUGCUGAUAAUAAAGGAACUGUAUUGUGCCA